GUAAGCUGAUCGUGAGCAAUAAAUUAAAUACUAACGUUGCGUCGACAAUACACGAAGCGGCUAUAAGGGUGCCCCCAACGCCCGCGGGCUUCAAUCAGCCACGGCGAGGCCGCCCGCGAAAACAAUACAAGCAUCAUGGCGGGGCAAACAGCGGUAGACAAAGGAAACGAUGCGUCAAGGUGACAAUGUGCCGGCUAGGGCCUGCCGUUCAAUCUCUGCCCUUUCCCAAUUUCCCGUCCAUUCUUAUGCAAACUACCCGAGUCGAGUAUUCAUCAUCUCUAGCAUCCUAUCAAGUUCGUCGGUCGGUUCCUCCACAGCACAUGUCGGUGCCUCCCCGCGAAAGAAAACGCCUCAUAAUCGUAAGGCCGUCGUCGCAGAACGUGGCUCGAGGUGACAUGGGCCCCAGUGUUGCCGAUAGAGAGGAGAUGCCUGCUUCGACCCGUCUUGAAUCCAAGGUAGUUCCGGUUGAGCCCUCAGGCCGUUGUCGCCCUCAGUUGUUGACUCCGACUUUCCACCGCUCCAACUCUUCCUCUCCAAGCGUCUCCACGGCAUGGAUAUAUUGCACACAAAUUAGAAAACGGCCAUCGCAGAUCGUGAGCGGAAAUCGGUCAGUCCGUCAGUGGCAGACAUGGUGCCAAUCCGUUGAUUUUCCAGAGGAUUUCACGAAAAACAAAGGCCCAGAACCCACGCCAGAUGUUAUCUGGUCGUGAGAU